AUGCCUCAAGCUAUAAGGAAUCCAGAAAUCAAGUUCACAAAGGUAUGUUAAACCUUUGAAAAAAUUUUCAUAUGCGUGUAGUUUUUGCAAGUAACGGCUUGAUCGAUCAUUCGAUCCAAACGUUCGAAUUUCCAUGCAUAUAAUUCAUAGAACUCAACCUAUAUAAAAUCUGGAAGCUUUAUUCUUUAUAAACUGAUAGGAGAAUCUCAUAUGCAUUGGUUUUUGUUUUCUUUACGUUUUGAAAGCUAAGGCAAACAGUAGUAGGUGAAAAGUCGCAUGAAGUUCUUUCAACCCUCAACAAAUAAUUCUCUAAUUGGGUCUUGAAAUAAUUUUUUACUUACAUGAAUGUAGGGUAUGUCCUUUUUAAGAGCGUAAUUCAAAUCUGACCAGUCGUAUUGUGUUAACAUUCAACACUUUGGUGUGAAUACUCUACCUUCAGACAAGGAAGUUAAACAAUAGAUUGAAACUGUUAAAUUGCGCUGAGAAUUUUGUAGAUGGAAACUACCGUUUGACAGGUGUUUUACUAGUAUCAUUUUGAAAAUAAAUUCAUAUAUGCACACAACAGGGAUAAAAGAGCAUGUUUCCGAACAAAGGAUUUUACUAUUUUAACCCCCCUCCCCUGUGCAAGGGUCUCUUCUCUUUUUAUUUUCAAGUCAGUGAAAUAUAACAGAACCAUUUUUGGUCUCAUGCACCAGAUUCAAUAUGACUGAAGGUCAAGAAUUCACAUGUGUGUGCCAAGUUUAGUACAUCUUUUAAGUAGUUAACUUGCAAGAUCUGAUUGUUUAUUCUCCCCUCUAGUUUUUAUACAUUUCCCUGUAAAUCAAUUAUAAGAAUUUGGUUUUAGAUUAAGAUGGCAUCUUCCUGAUAAGUUUGAGUAUUCUCAUUACCUGUUUGUUGGAUUGUGUAAGGUUAAUGUAGGGAGAAGUUACAUGUUAAUCACCUCAGGGAGUUAAGGGUUAAGAAGAAGGAUUCAGAGGUACACCUGCCAUACUCUACAGAUCAUCUGAUCACUAAAAAUACACCUGAGUUCCAAAAUUCCAGGAAUAAACUCAGAAAAUUAAAACAAGAAUAAAUUGUUGAUUAUCACUGAACAUGGUUGAAAAAUUGCUCAAAAAAUUCAAGUAUGUCACAAACAUUAUUGACAGCAAUAUCAAACUGCUAAAUUUUUUUAACAUGACUGACUUAUAUGAAUUUGAAAGUUGUAUAUUUAGUCGGUGAACAACAUAACUGGGCCUUGGGAUUGCGAUAAACAGAAUAUAAUUUGUUUCACACUCCUUUAUUUAAGGCUGAAUUUACUUUAUUAAAUGUUGUAUGUAAUGUUGUUAUCUAAAAAGCACCUGACAUUUCAAUGGACUUCUUUCUUAUUUACUGACAGCUUUUUAUCAAUAAUGAAUAUGUGGACUCAGUCAGCAAGAAAACUUUUGCUACUAUUGAUCCAGUGACGGAGGAAAAGAUAUGUGAGGUUGCAGAGGGUGAGAAGGUACUGGAGCAUAUUGAUUCAUGUAUAUUCAUUUGACUUUUUUUUUUUUUUCUUGAUUAAAGAUGCAUUUUUGUUAAACAUUUUUAUGUCUUUUACUUAUGAUUAUACAUUUACCUUCUUACUCCCAAGAGCUGGUUAUAUAUUCUCCCCCCCAUCAGCUGAUACGCAUUUCCUUGUAAAUAAGUUUCAAGAAUUUGGUGUUAGGUGAAGAUAACAACUUCUACCUGAUAAGUUUGUGUAUUCUCAUUACCAGUUUGCUGGAUAAUGUGAGGGAUAUUAUAGGAAGAAGUUACAUAAAGAAAGAUUUUUUUUUUUCAUCUUAUUGUGAGCAUGGGACAAAAAAAAAAUUCUGAGUCCCCAUGAGGAAUCGAACCCCAGAGCUUCAGAUUCCAUGCUCUUAUGCUCUACCACUUAGCCACAGAGACUCCACAGUGAGCGAGGUCUAUUAUGAAGUUCAUAUGACACACAUCCUGCAUACUGCUAGGGUCAGCAAUGUUGAUAGCAUAAUUUUUGUUGAUAGAAAUAAGAGAGAUGGUAAGUUUUGAGCUCAGUAAAGAAAUAAAUAAAGAUGGUUUUUUGUCUUGUCUUGAGUGUGGGACAAUAAAAAAAUUCUUAGUCCCCAUGAGGAAUCAAACCCCAGACCUUCGGAUUCCAUGCUCCAAUGCUUUACCACUGAGCAACAGAUGUUAAUCACAUGUUAAUCACUUCUAAUUUGUUUAGUAGCAUAUCAUGCUAAAAAUACACCUGAAAAAGCAUUACUCUGCAACUCUGUACUGUUGAGACAAUUCAGUUGAGACAGAUUGGAGAGGGGAAUGUAUUGAAAUAGUCAUGCAGCAAAACUUUGCUAUCCUAUCUCUUCUGAUCUCUUCAUCUCCCAAGAUCUGACAAGUAAUUGUCACUAGAUGCUGCUAUAUAAUGCCAUAUCAGUUAGUCAGGAGAAUUUGGAUUUUAGUCAUGUUACAACCUGUAGCCAAUUACUUUGUUGGAUACAUUUUAAAGUGAAAUAUCUUUCUUGCUUCAGGCAGAUGUAGACAAAGCAGUCAAGGCAGCCAUGGAAGCCUUUAAACUUGGCAGUCCGUGGAGGACUAUGGAUGCUUCUCAGCGAGGAAAAUUGCUGUACAAGGUUGCUGAUCUUAUAGAAAGAGAUCUGGACUAUCUAGCUGUGAGUGAAAUCAUGCUUUAUUAUAACUUAAGGCAGGCACAACCCAAUACUGUAUGUUUUUGCUGUGCAUUGAGGCUCCAACCUCUUAACAUAGAUUUCCAGUGUUGCAUAAGUUUUCUGUACAUAAAACAAGCAUAAAGAAGACAUGCUUAAGCAAUUUCCACUGCCAUGUGAAAAUCAAUGCUACUCACAAUACUUUCAAUAAGACCUGGCACCUGCCGGAGCUCCGGCAGAUAUUCUGUUGUGAAUUGCCGGGUAUACUUUAAUUGGAAGCUUUCAGUAAAACUCACGAAGUGCAACCUAAAACACCUCAAGAUCUCCGUUAGUUCUUUCAGUCAAUUGACUUUUACCUUAUAAACAUUUAGUUUGAUAAAAAUGAUUGAUAUUGUCUUAUCACUUAUAUAUUCCAGCAUACAUUUCAUACAUUUCCAGCAAAAAGAAAAGAUUUUGAGUUUCCAACAACAUACUGAUUCAAAUUUUUUUACACAUUAUUCUCCAGCAGGUGCUUUACCAAGGUAGCUACUGUCUUCAAAUCUUAUUGAAAGCACUGUAUUCAUUGCUUUUUUUGUGCAAAAUAUGCAGGCCCAUACAAAAAAGUUGAAGACUGUUCGACUUUACUCUGCACUCUCAGUAUUGCAGUGUGUGUAAAAUGCAUGUGUUUAAAUACCCUGAAAAAGAUAUAUCCAUUUGAUUGUACAUAAUUCUAUGUAACACACAUUCAAAACCGUAACGUGGAUUACAAAGUAUUAUUUUGUAUUUGUAUUUUCCUGUUCUUCUACUGACAAAGUUGUUUCAUUCAUAAUAAGUCCCUGGAAACAAGAGAUAGUGGAAAAUUAUUCACUGAUUCAGUAGAUGACAUGGAUCUAACUGUGAAGUGCUUCAGAUACUAUGCUGGGUGGGCUGAUAAGAUAACAGGAAAGACCAUCUCUUCUGGUAAGUAUUUUGUUCUUAGGAGUUGUCUGAAUGGAACAGUUUUUCUUGGCUCUUUUUCUUUUAAGUUGACUUCAAACAAACUUCUUUUAAAAUAUGAUUUUACCAAACUGUGGGACCCUCUCUUUUCAAAUGCCAUUAUUAUGUAUUUAGCAUCUUGAAGACAGAAAAAAACUGAUUGAAAGUCAGUUGUGCUUCCCUAUAGAGUAGGUUAAAGCUAGGUCUGAUAACCCUAUUGGCAUGGAUAGACUCUGGCAGCAAUGUGUGUUUGUGGUAUAGUAAGACUCUCAUGUGAAAACAUAAAUAUAUUUUCUGCCACUCUGAAAUGACUUCUGGGUAGUAACUUGAACUUCUACGGGCAGAUGGUCCUUACUUUGUGUACACCAGACAUGAACCUGUGGGUGUGGUUGGAGCUAUUGUACCAUGGAACUUCCCUCUUAACAUGGCUUGCUUGAAGCUUGCUCCUGCUCUGGCUUGUGGUAAUGUUGUUGUCCUUAAACCAGCUGAGCAAACUCCAUUAACAGCACUCUAUGUGGGGUCAUUGUUUAAAGAGGUAAGCUUCAAUCCCCUGCUGUGUAGGUAGAAGCAGUGCAUUUUAUUUUGAGCAUUUAAGUUUUAGGAACAACAUUGUCUGCUUAGGUCAACAGCAGCAAAGUUAUUCAACUGCUGGGACAGUAACCAACAAGCAAAGCAUUCUAAUUUUUUGUUACCCUAACUAGAGUGCAAGAGUGACUAGUGACUAAUUUCUCCUUAAAGUAUCACCACUGAAUCACACAUUAAGGUCAUGAGAAUAAAGGAAAUGAUCACCAACUGAAGAAGCUCUUGAACCCUUUGACCCCUUAGAGUGACUAGCAUCUUAUUUCUCCUUACAAUAUCACACCCGAAUCAAACAUUAAGGUCAUGAGAACAGUUGAAAUUAUUGCCAACUAAUGGAGCUCUGGAAAGUUAAACAAGUUCUCUUAGUCAGUUAUUUGACACAGUACAGAGAACAGUAUGGAGAAUAUUUGCACUUAUGUUAGGGUGUAAUUAAACAGUUAAUGAGAUGUGAAAGAAGAUGACUUUAUCUUCUUACUGUGUUCUUGAUUUAUCUUUCAGGGUGAAGUUUUAAGUCAGUGAACCUUGUGAUUGUGAUUUUUUGUCUUAACUUGUUUUCUCAGGCUGGGUUUCCUCCUGGUGUUGUGAAUAUCAUCUCUGGUUAUGGUCCAACAGCAGGAGCGGCCAUAUCUGAACACAUGGAAGUCAACAAAGUUUCAUUUACAGGAUCAACUGAGGUGUGCAAGCUGCUGAUAAUUUUUCAACACAAAAAUUAUAUCUUAUUAUAAAUAAUGAAUAAUUAUGAAAUGAUUCUUCAAGUGUUUUAGUUUGUGGCUCCUGUCCUUUAUAAAGUUAGUGCAUGAAGAAGUGAAAUAUAUAUUCAACAGUCCUAACAGCAGGACUGAGCUGUGCAUGUAACUUUUGCCUCUCUUUAGGUGGGAAGGAUUAUACAAGCUGCUGCAGCAAAGUCCAACUUAAAGCGUGUGACACUGGAACUUGGAGGAAAGAGCCCAAAUAUAGUUUUUGCUGAUAGUGAUGUGGAUUAUGCAGUGGAACAGGCACACUCAGCAUUGUUCUUUAACCAAGGACAGUGCUGCAGUGCUGGCAGCCGCACUUUUGUGCAAGACACCAUUUAUGAUGAGUUUGUGAAAAAGAGUGUGGAAAGAGCUAAAAAACGUUCAGUUGGGGAUCCAUUUGAUGAUGUGAUUGAGCAAGGACCGCAGGUGUGUAGGUUCUAUAACCUUUUCAUCCUUAAGAUACAAAUGUCAGUUCAUCUUACUGUCUGCCAUACAUUUCCCAUAAUUUUACACAUGAUAUAUUGUUUCCAAAUCACACAAUUUCUUCUAGUUGAGAUUUUUCUUUCUUCGUAUUGCUGUUGUAGCAAGCAUAUCAGUAGAUAUAAAGAAUUUGAUUUCUUAACCAAUGAUCUCUGAAAUUCAUAAGAAAGUGUACUAUAAAUAACAAUAAUUUACUAUGAUGACAUAAAGGUAAAUGAAAUUUAAUGAAGAAAGGACAGAAGAAUAUACCUGCCACUGUUAGGAUUUAAACUUGUACUCAUAUGUAAUACACAAAAAGAACUAAUUGGUGCAAAAAAAUUUAAAUGUGCUUGUGCUAUGGGGAGACCUAUUAGGAAUUAAGCCUCUGAAAGGCACUUUAUCAACUGUUGUACCUGACGAUGUAUCGAUACUCUAGGGAGAAAUUCCUUUUUUGUCAGUCCAGGGAAUGAAAGUGUUUAGCACAAUGCUUGUAAAUUUGGUCAGUCAUGUGGACUUUAAGUUAAUUCUCUUCUUAUGUAGAUGUACCUUUAUACAUGCUAAUAUCAAUAUGCAUAUUCUCCAUACUGUUAUAUACAUUUCCAAUGAUACUGACAAGGAGAAUUUGUUUAACAAUCAAAAGCUUUUUGAUCAGGAAGUCAUACCCUGUAUUCUCAUAUCCUUUCUGUUUUAUUUAGUAUUGAUAAUCAUGAGAGAACUAAGAUGCUACUAACUUGAAGAGGUUAAAGGUUGAACGUUAUCUUUUGUUUUAAUCAUCUGGAAUUUGGCUUUGAAAACAUCACAGCUGUACUUGGAAUUAAUUAUCAACACUUAGGUGUACAGUGUUAUUCACAUUCUGCUAUCAUUCACUAAAGGUAGGCUUUGUUUAGGUUGAUGGAGAACAGUUCAAUAAAAUCCUUGAUCUGAUUGAGAGUGGAAAAAAAGAAGGAGCAAAGCUUGAGUGUGGAGGUGCUCGACAUGGAGACAAAGGAUAUUUUAUACAACCCACAGUCUUCUCAGAUGUUAAAGAUCACAUGAGGAUUGCCAAAGAAGAGGUUGUUAACUUUACAGCACCAACUUGUGGAAUGAUGAAACUAAUUUGGACCUUUAAUUAGUGCACUCAUGUCUAAUUUAAACUUAGCAAAGCUGCAUAGUGUAAGGGUUUUCAAAAUGAGCAUGGAUAAAAAUAACAAGUAUAGUUGAUGUUGUUAAUUCCACUUUUUAAUAGGCUGGGGUUUGAAUUUUAUAAUUUAUAACAGAUUAUGAUGAUCAAUCUAAGAAAAAGGAAGACUUUAAGUGGUUUAGAUAUGAAUCUGCUUAACUAAAAAAAAAAAAAAAAAAAAAAAAAAAGAUAAAUUUUAACCUACAGCAAAUCUGGCAAAGGAGAGAAGAGAAAUUGUUGACUUAUUUGAUCAACUGACAUUUCCUUUCUAGAUAUUUGGUCCUGUACAACAGAUCAUCAAAUUCAGUGAUAUAAAUGAAGUUAUUGAGAGGGCAAAUAAAACCACAUAUGGUCUGGCUGCAGCAGUGUUUACCAAAGAUAUAGACAAAGCAACAACAAUUUCUCACAGCUUGCAAGCUGGAACAGUUUGGUUAGUAAAGAUGAAUGAUUUGUUACCUAAGAAUUGACACAAAUAAUAAUAGAUCCCCCAUUUUAUUUCAGAAAUACAUACUUUAAAUGAUACUUAAUUUAUUAUUUAUUAUUUUGUUGUUGUUGUUGUUUUUUUGGUUUCAAUUCAGGGUCAACUGCUAUGAAUGUGGGGCCCCACAAGCUCCUUUUGGAGGCUUCAAAAUGUCUGGAUUUGGCAGAGAAGGGUAAUUAUAGUUGAAGUAAUUUAACAAAGAUAUGAGACACAAUCUUUGUUUGACCUUUGUGUGAUAACAGAUGAUGAAAUUAUCCUCACAAAUAGAAUGCAAUCAAAUAAAAAGAGCCUUUAAAAAUUAAAGCUUUAAUGGGGUUCAAUCUAUUGUCUCCCAGACUCCUACCAACUAAGCCACAUAACCUUGUUAUGGGGGCGAGGCAAGUUAUAGUAGGUCUUUUGUUCCAUAUCCAGUAGCAUGGUAAGUAAAAGUUCUUAACUGGCAUUGAGGUUGGUGGGUAGGUCACCUCGAGUGACCUGCUGCCUAGCUAGAUUGGAAAGGGGGUGCCCAGGGUUUCUGAGGACUUUCCCUAUGUCCAGCCAGCCUCCAAUGGGUGGCAGCUCUCACCAACUCAACCAUGGGCCCUCAUUUCAGGCACCUUAGAUCAGUAAAAGGAAAAAUCUAAAGUUGGACGUGGCAGGAAAAUGCUUAAAACAACUGCUCCAAACCUCUCAGAACUGAAGACGGAGUUUGGGGGAGAGGGUUCUUCCUAAUAAUGAGCUAAUGGAGGAAGUGCCACUGGAUUGAAUUUUCACAACUCCUUAAUUUGACCAUAAUGGGUUUGCAUUCUCAAUAGAGUUAAGAUGGGGUCUCUAAUUGGCACGGAAUAGACUAUAAAGUAAUAGGGUUCUGAGGUUCUGAGCACCUCCUUCCCCUUGGACUGAAUAUUAAUUUGCCGUAUAGUCUUGACCUCACACUGGAGCUUGUGCUUGUGAAUGCCUGCUCAGCUGAGUGGUGGUUAUUAAAUUUGUUAAAUUUUUAUUUCACUAUCUUAAACUUUUGCAGGGGUGAAUAUGGUCUCCUGCCCUACCUAGAAGUGAAAACGGUGAGCUGCACUAUAAAAAAGCAAUAUCUUAGUAAUUUUAUAGCAAAAGGGGAAGAAUCCUAGGUGGAAAAUUCUCUCACUCCCUAGAUCUUAUCAGUAAUUUUCUGUACUAUCUGCCAUACAAUUCUUAUGAUGGUAGUUCAGAGAAUUUGAGAAUUAAUUAUACCCUAAUUUUUUAUUCUCAUAACUUGACAACUUGAUAUUGUAUUGAUAUGUAAGGAGAAGUUCUGUCUUUGUCACUGAUGGGAGUUAAUUGGUCACUGAUGGGAGUUAAAGGGUUAAUUUUGAGGGUGCUUGUUAAAUAAAGGAAGAUGGUACUUAAUUGUUUUGUCUUGAGCAAAGAACACAAAAAUGUGAAUCUAAACUAAAGAAUCAAACCGGUCCUUAGAACUGUCUAAAUUCCACUCCAAUUUACCAAAACCUUUCCCAGGAAUUUUUUUAAACGUUUUUUUAAACUAUGGUCGAGAGGUUGGUUUAGACGUGACAUGAAAAAAGCAUGAUAGGGUUCUAUGUAGCCAAGUGGUGGAGCAUUGGACCGUGAUGGGUUCAGAGGAUUUUGGUUGUGUCACAAUAACAUUUACCUGAUCCCCACAUAAGGCUCUGUCUUAUUCUUACGAUCCCUUCUUAUUGGCGGUCGAUUUUCUAUGGUCCCCCUCUUACCUCUGUCAGUGACAACUGACCCCCCCCCCAUCUCCAUUUCGCCUCAAAACCAUGUGAUCCCCCAAAAUCCUUCAGACCCUUCCCCCCCUCCCUAACAGAUAAAUGCCUGGUUCCUGAAGAAUACUUAGGGUAGUUUAGAACCGUGAUUAUGUUCACCUUGAUGUCUUUUUUUUUUUUUCUUAUAGGUUACAAUGAAAGUACCAUCCAAGAAUUCAUAGCUGCCGUCAGACGGACUCAACAGAUGAAAAUUAGAAAAAUUCUAAAUUACUGUGUAAACAAGGAAAAAGAGAAUUAGAGUCAUAACAGAUUUGAUCAUCAUCUGACAGAGGGAUCAAUUAUGUUUAAGAAUAGUUUUAAAUUAUUUUCGUACUUUCCAGAGUCACACCUGAUAUAAUAAAAGAUUUAUAGUAAGGAUAAUGUUCUUUUUUUCAUUCUGUUUUUUUGCUCUCUCAACUCCGUCUUUCUUUUCAUACUUGUUUUUAAACGUGUAAUUUGACGCUGUUUCCUUUUCCCAACAAAUCUUUUGUCGGUGAGUAGACUACUGAUGUUGGCAAAAUGACCAGUUGCCCCUUCAGCAUAUUGCCCUUUUCAGAUUUCUGCUGUUUGUCACUUUUAAGGGCACGCAAAACCACCAUCUGAGCAGGCUCAGUCAUUUGUACAGAAAGGAUGAUCUACCUGCGAAAAUCUAUCCCUUGCAUUGUUUGUACUUUCCUUAGUGUAUAAAUCAAGUAAUUGAUUAAUACAUAUUUUCUCUAAUGUGUUCUCAUUGUUCACGGGUAUGUUGGGAGAACUCGCAUAAUGACUAGAUCCCAGCUGCCUUCUUCUGUUGGUUAAAGCGCUGUGGAGGGGUUCAGGGGGGUGGGGGAGGGCAGGAAGCGGGAGAACGGGGGCGGGAAGCGGGACAGAAUUAUAGAAGGCGAUAGUUUGUUGUUUAUUACUGGGUAUUAUUCAAUCAAAAAUACUUAUCUUACCGCAUUUUCGGUUCCAGAUUUUACAUUUUGUGAUUGCAUAUUAAGGUAUAACUUUUUUGAUGAAGCACAAAACAAAACCAUACUUAAAAAGGUUUGAAUUUUGGAAGUCUCGAGUUUUCCAUUUCUCUACUUUUGCUUCCUUUAACAGAUUCCUAAGAACGUUUUAAUAUUUUUCGCAUUUUUUGCAUGACGUACAGCCGUUUCCUUUAAAAUUUUGCGCGGGAAACUUACCCAUCAGCUGGCCGAAAGUGAUCACCGUGCGCAUGCCCGUCGUUACGUCUAACUGCAACUUAACGCUUAACCUGAGGAAGCGUCUGCGAGAGCUCGCUGGAUACUUUGGCGAGAAGAAAGAUGCCUAAACCCAUAAGGAAUCCAGAAAUCAAGUUCAAAAAGGUAGAUCAGAGCAUAAAGGAGGUUUUUGCGCCGAUAUAUCUUUAAAGAUUUUGUCGUCUCAAAACCUGGAAAACAUCAAAAAAUUAUCUUGCAAAGAUUUAACUUAUGCCAACCUUUCUCCGUAUGAGAAUAAAUAUCUAAGAUUUGCGGUGGCGAGAAAGAUAUGCAUCUUACUACUUUAUCUCGUAUUUUUAGGAGUGAUGACUCCUCAAAGACAUUUUCAAGACCAUAUUCAAAUAGCAAUUACAGGAGCAUGCAAUUAGCGUUUUUCCUAGGUCAAUAAGCAGUGGAAGAAGUUUCCACGUGGUUAACAGUCAACAAUUUGUUAACAUCGAAGACAAUUUUGAAUUUUAGACCGCACUACCUAAGUACCUUAAUGAAAUAGGCGAUUGUUUUGAUUUAUUCAAUAAUUCAUGCACAACCCUUCACCUCCCAAGAUCUCACUAGCAAUUCUCCUCACUGUCUGCCAUAUAAUUCUCGUGAUAUUAGUAUGGAGAAUUUGGUAUUGGAUCAACUAAUUAUCCUCUAAUUAAGAUUGUUCUUUAUUCUCGUCACAUGUCUGCUUGGUAUUGUAUCAAAAUUGUAAGGAGAAAUUCUGUCUUGGUCACUCAUGGGAGUUAAAGGAUUAAGAAUGUCAAGGAGAAUCUUUUGGACACUGUUUUCUAAAGUGUUCAGGAAAAAUUUAUUUUAAAAUUCAGUUUUGAAGGGCAUUGAAAGAACCUUGAGAGUUUGUUUUGAGUUUUAUGAUUUACAAGCGAGUACUAUGUAUUUUGAGUUGGGAUUUUUUUUUAGUGGGGGAGAGAGGGGAUGUCAAGGCGAAGAAUGGUAGGGUUAGGGGGUAUGGAUGUGUUGAACAUGUUUGAGCAAAAGAUUCAAAGGCUAAAUAAGAAACAACAUAGAAAAGUUUAUUUUGGAAAUGAUUAUCAUUUUCAUGGGAUGGUAGUGUAAUUGACUAGAUACUUUGUUUUGUUUUUCUUACAGCUUUUUAUCAAUAAUGAGUAUGUGGACUCAGUCAGUGGGAAAACCUUUCCGACUCUCAAUCCAGUGACAGAGGAAAAGAUAUGUGAGGUAGCUGAGGGUGACAAAGUAAGCUUAUAAGCAUACAGAUGUUGCUAUAAGUUCCUUAGAAAACCAUGCUGGAGGCAGAAUUGAAGCAAGUCUCAAAUAGAUCCCUUUUUACGGAAUGCAUGGCUUGCUGAAUUGAUAAGAGAAAUCAAAUUAUGUGUCCUAAUUGGCUAAGAGAGUGGGCAAAACUGCCAACUUUGAUCCUGUAAAAUUGAAAAUGUGCUUAUUGCUAGUUUGCAUUCUCCACAACUUUAUUUUUUUUCUAAAUAUCUAUAUUUUUUAUACACUAAUUACACUUAGUCUGAUACUUUAAAUUACAUUACUGUACAUUACAUUGAGUUAUUAUGUUAUAUGCUACUUGAUUACACUAUAAUUAUACUUAGUCUAAUUAAAUCUACUUACAUUGUAUCACUAAUGCCACUUAUGGUUACAAUUUUUACCUUAUCUUGCAAACAGGUGACAAGAUUAUAAAUAUUUUCAGCUAAGGGUGUUAUCUCCAGUUGAUAUAACACCAAAUCCUCUUGAAUUCUGUACUAGGAAAUGUUCAGCCUUAAGAGGAAAUUAAGAAUUCCAUAACUUUGGAGCUAAGGAACAAGCUCAACUUUACUAAUAUAUAAUUGAAUGUUUUAUUUUACAUUUAAAUCUUUUUUCAUUGCCCUGAAUCUGGGAUUCAAAUGAAAAGUGACAUGAGUACAGAAUCUAAUUUUCAUAAUAGAUUCUUGGGUUCCAUCUUGUAUUUCAAGGUGUAUAGUGGGUAUAUCCUUGCCAUAUGUAACUGUUUCAGGCUGAUAUUGAUAAAGCAGUCAAAGCUGCCACUGAAGCUUUUAAAUUGGGCAGUCCUUGGAGGACCAUGGAUGCUUCCAAGAGAGGCCAACUCUUAUACAAAAUGGCAGACCUCAUUGAGAGAGACUUGGACUAUCUUGCAGUAAGUAAAAUAAUAUCGCUGAGCAGCAUCUGUCAUUGUGAUACAUAAAUAGUCUUUUUUUUUUAAAUUAAGCCUUCUUUACCCCUAAGAGUACUUAACGUCUAAUUUAUCCUUAAACAGUCAGCCCUGAAUUAAACAUUUAGAUCACAAAAAUGAAGGAAAUGAUCACCUUAGAACUAAGGAAGUACUUUAUUGUUAAACAAAUCCUCCUUGCCAAGACUGUAGGAAAUGUAUGGUGAACAGUAUGGAGAAUAUAUGUAUUGAUGUUAGAAUGUAAAGGCCCAAAGGACUGUAUCCAUGAGAAUUGGAGCCUAGCUCAGUUUCAAUAGAGUAAGCCAACUGAGAGUAUAGUUACACUUAUCUUUGAUUGAAUACUUAUUUGUUACCAAGAAACUAUCACCCAGUAUUUUUCAACUUUCCUUUGGAGUUUGUUGGUAGUCAUUUACACCUUUUGGUAGAGAGAGGCACUCAGAUAAUUUAGUUAUUACUCGUUUGUGAGGGAUUUACUAGUAAGUAGUCUUAUUGUGGACCUCUUACCCUCUGAAGCAUUAAUUCCUGUCCCUUUAAGAUUUGACAGAGAUAAUAAGACUACAUUGUACAGUAUGAUUGGAUGAUUGGAUGUCACUUUUCAGUAAUUUGUUUAAAAUUGAAAUGACUGAUGCAUUUUGAAUUUUUUAUUCAUUCAUUUAUAGUCCCUGGAGACAAUUGACAGUGGAAAAUUAUUUGCCGAUUCAGUAGAUGACAUGGAAUUUACUGUAAAAUGCUUCAGAUACUAUGCUGGAUGGGCCGACAAGAUAACAGGAAAGACUAUAUCUUCUGGUUAGUAAGCAGGUGGAAAAAACUAUUAAAACUAUAUAUGAUAAAUUUUGCUUCCUAACUUGUAUGCCCUUGUUUCAGUAUAACGUGCUACUACAAAGCCAUAAAUACUACCCUUUAUAGCUACCAUUUAGACAAGAAUAUUACUAUAUAUGUGGUGCAAUCUUUUUACCCUCUAAAACUUAGUAGGUCUCUGUCAUCAAAGCUAUAAACAUUUCCAUAUUGAUAAGUUAUGGUACAUGUAAUUUGAUGUUACAUCUAGGUAAUACUUUAGGGCCAGCUGAUAAAUUUGUGCAAUUACCUGAGUUUUUUGGUGAAGGUGUUUGAAUAGUCCAGUUUACAGUUGCAUGCUUGGUUGCCAAGCCUUUGAACAGAAGUGAGGCUAAGGGUGACCUUGCCAUGAUACAAACCCUACUGCCUUUCAAAUGUAAAUUAGUUUGUUAUAAUACUAAAUAGGUACUGGUCUAUAUCACAAGAAGGUCACCUUCAACCUCACUCCAAAUCAAAGGCUUGGAAAGUAAGUACACAACUGUAAAAUGGCCUGUUGUGAGAAGAACAUUCUGUAAGUGAAGAGUAUAGUGUAACAUGUUGGUACCUUUUGGAUUUAAGUUGUCAGUGAUAAAAAGCAGUUAGUAGCAGUGAACACCUUACUGCAUUGAGACAUGUAAGCAAGUAGUUACAGUGUUGCAGACAAGUGAAACCAGCCCCACCCAUUGGCUUCAUUUAUUUUUCCUAUAUAUGCAGAUGGUCCUUACUUUGUGUACACCAGACAUGAACCUGUGGGUGUGGUUGGAGCUAUUGUACCAUGGAAUUUCCCUCUUAAUAUAGCAUGUUUAAAGCUUUCUGCAGCUCUGGCUUGUGGCAAUGUUGUAGUAGUUAAACCAGCUGAACAGACUCCCUUAACAGCGCUGUAUGUGGGUUCCUUGUUUAAAGAGGUAAGUUUAAGAGGGUAUGUAGUAGAUUGUUUACAGCAGACAGCAAUGAUUGGUAAGGCUUGAUUCCUACAAACCACACCACUAUCACAAAAAUGAUUAUGGAUAUAAUCAUAGUCAGAAGAUUGUGUUGAUCAACCCUUUGCCCCCUAAAUAUGGUAUUCACAUUCUCAAUACUGUUCUCCUUACAUUUCAUGUGGUACUGACUGGGAGAAUUUGUUUGACAAUCAGUAGUUUCAUAACUUGGUGAUCAUUUUCUUUAUUGGAUUUAAGGGUGAUACUGUAAAGAGAAAGGAGAAGCCAGACACUUAAGGGAUAAUUUGGGUCAACAGUGUUCAUGUAGAGGGAACACAUGCAAGGCUUGUAAAAACUCUUUGACCCAUGUAGGAGCCAUCAUAGAAUAUCGUGAGGUGCAAUUUACUGGAACUAGAGAGUUCAUCAGACAGAUGAUAAUGCACAAACUUAUGUCUUUGUCAUUGUGCAUAUGUUUGCUAGAUUUUGUGUUCCCACAAUAAACUAAGUUGGGUUUACUUAAUAAUAGUGAACAUGCAAUCGCUAACAAAAGAAAUGCUUUGAUCAUACCUAGCCAUAUUCCCAAAUUUUACAACAGCAUGUCUGACUUAAACCUUCUUCUGAAAAUUGCUUUGUUUUAUAAGAGUAGAAUAACUUGUUGAUACCUAAAGUUGUGCCAGUUGGCAGCUGGUGAACAUUUUGAUGUGUGUCAUGCAAAAAAUAUUUGAAGGCUUAUAAACUCAAGAUAGCCUCUAUUUGGCAAAAAAAAAUAGAUGCUUGUAAAUUUGUCCUUGCUUGGACAUAACUAGACAAGUGUUUUCUUUGCCUCUUAAGACAGAUGAUGUUGGCAGAAAAUAUCUACAAUAUUUAUAUUUUCAUAUUCUCAAUUGACGCUGUUUGAUUUUCAACACUAUUUUAGGCAGGAUUUCCUCCUGGUGUUGUGAAUAUCAUCUCUGGUUAUGGUCCAACAGCAGGAGCAGCAAUUUCUGAACACAUGGACAUCAACAAAGUUUCAUUCACAGGAUCAACAGAGGUGAUCAAGAGUUGCAUGUUCUGAUGGUUUUCCAGACAUCCCUCAAAAUGGGGUAAAAUCUGUACAAUCCAUAAACCUGUUUGAAUGCCGAAGGAACAAUACAAGUGCAAUUUGACUCAAAAAUUCCCAAAGCCAUGUUAUUUCUGUAUGCGCAACCAAACAUACUAUGUUUUUUAAAAUUUAAAUCGUUCAAAUUAACUAAAGAGUGUGCACCUGCAAUUGAACAAUAAAAAUGAAACAAAGUCUGUAAUUGUGUGUGCACCAGGGUAUAAGUGCCAACUGAUUUCUUUUAAAGUUUAUCAUCAAUUCCAUAAAUGCAGGAAAGGUCACAACAAUACAUUUAAAAAAAUUUGAAAAACAAUCAGGAUGAUCAGAACCAUUUUAAACAUUAAGUUAUUUCCGUAGUGAACCCUGGAGUUAUUGUCUUUAUUACGAGUAACCUCUGGCCUUGUGAGUGUGAUAUUGUCAGCUUGACCUCACCAUGAUUGUUAAGUAACAUCUGAUUAUUUACUUUGCACACCACUAAAUCUUUUCCUUCCUUUUUUUAAUCAAGGUUGGAAGGUUAAUACAAGCAGCUGCUGCAAACUCCAAUUUAAAGCGUGUAACACUGGAACUAGGGGGAAAGAGUCCAAAUAUAGUUUUUGCUGAUACUGAGAGUAUUGAUGUUGCAGUGGAGCAGGCACACUCUGCACUGUUCUUUAACCAAGGACAAUGCUGCAGUGCUGGCAGUCGCACUUUUGUGCAAGACACCAUUUAUGAUGAGUUUGUAAAAAAGAGUGUGGAAAGAGCUCAAAACCGCACAGUUGGUGAUCCUUUUGGUGGUGAAAUCCAACAAGGACCACAGGUGUGGGAUUACUUCUUCUUUUGACGUACUUGUUAGAUGGUGUCACUUCUGUGAUACUCAUACAGCUCUUUUAAAAAGGAAAUCAUUGCUUCUUGGGUAUUACCCCUCCCCAGUUCAUACAAGGAGGUGGAAGGAAUAUCCAAGGAACAAAGCUAUUAUGUGUCUGCAAUGCUGCAAGUUCAAUUUCAUCUGUGAUAGACUUGUAGUUCUUUUAAAACAGACAUCAUUGCUACUUGGGAAUUACCCCUCCCCAGCCCAUACAAAGAGAUCAUUGUUCUGGGGGCUGGGUUGAAGGAAUAUCCAAGGAACAAAGCUGCUAUGUGUCUGCAAUGCUCCAUGUAUGUUCAAUUUCUUAAUUGUCAGUGUUUGGAGACCUAAAAUACUCUAAUUAGAAAAUGGCUGCCUCAGGAAGAAUUUGAAUUUGGUAGCCAGUGAAAAAAGUAGGAUUACAAGUUUCAAAGCUGACUAUCCUGCGUGUUUUUAAAAAGAAUUGUCCAGAAGAAAUGGCUGCCCAAACUAUUGAAAUAUCUUGAUAGCACUGGAGGUGCAUGUGACUUGUGGAGGUUUGUUUCUUGGAAUGUCUCAAGGACUGAAGAAUUCCAACUCCAGAUAUUGAUAACACAACCAAGUGUCUAAUUCAGGAGAUAUCUUUUCAAGAGAGGGGUGUCUUUGUUUGUUUGCAUAAACUUAUCUAUUGGAAAUAGAAAUUGUUCCAAAAUGUUAUCCAUUCUUGUAUGAAAAUCUCAGCCUUGCACCUGACCCCUUCCUCACGAUUAACUAUUCACAAAAUGGCAAAAAGAAGCAAAUAUCUUAGACCACCAUGUGGUUAUGAUAAUUAUUAAUAUCCCAUUUAUUUAUUUUCUUGAAUAUAGUACAAAUUUAUUACCAACAGGCAAAAUGGCAUUUUGUUAGGUAGGAAUUUUAGUAUACACAAAGUUAUGUUAUUCCACUUUAGAUUGAUAAAGAACAGUUUGAUAAAAUCCUUGAUCUGAUUGCAAGUGGAAAAAAGGAAGGAGCAAAGCUUGAGUGUGGAGGUGCUCGACAUGGAGACAAAGGAUAUUUUAUACAACCUACAGUCUUCUCAAAUGUUAAAGAUCACAUGAGGAUUGCCAAAGAAGAGGUAUUUAUUCAAUACUACUUUCAUAUUAUAUUCCAUCUUUGACUAAAUUAGAAAUUAUGUUGUGAUAAUCUUGGUUUCCAACAAUGCAAGUUUUGUCAAUUUAAGUUGAAGUGAAUUUGACAUUUAAUGUAGCUUUAAUUGUGUACUAUUGGUAUCUUAGAUAUUUGGUCCAGUACAACAGAUCAUCAAAUUCAGUGAUGUAAAUGAGGUAAUUGAAAGGGCAAACAACACAACCUAUGGCCUGGCUGCUGCUGUAUUUACCAAAGAUAUAGACAAAGCAACAACACUUUCUCACAGCUUACAAGCUGGAACAGUUUGGUGAGGAAAUGAAACGUUAUGGUUGUACAUGUAUUUUACGACAAUUAAUGUAUCUUGUAGAUGUGUUAAAUUUGUUUUUGUUGGGUGUUAAUAACGGUAGUAAUGGUUAAUAAUGUAUUAUACCACAUGUUUCUUGUCUGAUUAUGGUGCUCUGUAAUUUAUUACACUUGAUUUUGGCCAUAGAUCGUGGUUCAGAUUCCUAGGGGAAUUAUUAGCCCCAGGCCUUCAUGCUGUGUUGGAUAGCAGUUGACUGACAUUUGGUUGACAUGUAAUCAUUUUAUUUUGUAUGUUCAAUGUUUCCAGUUUCUUCUUAUAACCCUUGUGCAUUUGGUUGGUGUUUUUAUUUUUUCAGCACCCAGUCCUCCCUCUCACUCCUUCCUUUCUUUUACAAUGAACCUUGUUCUGACCUCUCUCUAAACCUUUCCUUGAACUUUCAAGAGCUCCUUGUUUCCUCAUUUAAAUACCAGUUCCAAUAGAUUCACUGUCUUGUUUGUUUUUUAUGUUGUGCAAGAUUGGUAUAGUGGGGGAUCAUGUGUAAAACUUUAUGUACAACACAUACUUGUCUAUGUUUUGGAAAGAUUUGUUUGGUUCAGGAGUUUGGUUGAAGAAGAACCUUGUUUCAUUAGCAGUAACUUUACCAGACGAGUACACAGUUGUGGUUUGCCUGAUAUCAACUCAUGUACAGUGUACAAUGGUUGACCCCUUAAACCCCAACAUCAAUAUAUAAUAUUAUAUUCUGCACACAGUUAUUCGUACAUUUCCUAAGGUGCUGACAAGGAGAACUUGUUUAACAAUCAGCAGCUUCUUUAGUUAGUGAUCUAACUUUUCCUUUAUUCUCAUGUGACCUUAAUGUUUGAUUCAGGGAUGAUAUUGUAAGGAGAAAUUAGAUGCUAGUCACUCUCAGGGGUCAAAGGGUUCAAGAGCUUCUUCAGUUGGUGAUCAUUUCCUUUAUUCUCAUGACCUCAAAGUUUGACUCAGGGUGAUAUUGUAAGGAGAAAUAAGAUGCUAGUCACUCUAAGGGGUCAAAGCGGUAAAAAGGUUUGUUUCCAUGAACUUCAUAUAUAUAUAUUUUUUCAGGGUCAACUGUUAUGAUUGUGGGGCGCCUCAAGCCCCCUUUGGAGGAUUCAAGAUGUCUGGCUUUGGCCGAGAAUGGUAAUUACAAUCUUUGCUCAUGUAGAUGCAACUCUGACUAGAAGUAAUAUAUCUCCUUAAUGUCAAGCUGAAGCUUUUCCUUAAAAUCUGUUCAGAGCUUAUAAUUAGGAAUUGUGGAUCAAAAGUAUUUCGAAGUGCAAUUGCACCACCAGAAUCAACCAAGAUGUACACUGAGCAGGGAAGUUAAUGAUGAUAUAUUUUAAUCACUUCUUGUCCUCUCAGAGAUUAAUUAAGUUUGGGUAUUUGUGGAGUUCUUCAAAAGAUGGUUCAUAUGUUUGUUUGUAAAGCCAUUUCUUGCUGACUUAAUUGUGCUUUAAAGUUCAUUUACUUGUUAUGAAUAUAAUAAUUAUACAAGGAGUGGGGUGACUUUUGAUGCAAGCUUGACUUCUCCCUUUGUUCCACCCCCCAAAAAAAAAAAAAAAAAAAAAAGCACAAGUAAGGAGAAUCUAGCAGUCAAGCUGAAAUUGUUGUAAAAGGCUCUUCUCCAUGUAACCAUUCAUUUAAUAAAUUGUUCCACCAUGACCUGUGUGUGUGUGUGUUUCUUUUUCAGGGGUGAAUAUGGUCUCUUACCCUUCUUGGAAGUGAAAACAGUAAGUAUUGGUUGCUAUUUUUUCCAAUGA